AUGAAUGUGACGGGGACCAAGGGCCGCGGCGCGACAGGGCUACCGCCCCAGCUCUACUCGGCGGGCCCCGUCGGGGCCGGACGGGUAACCGCCCACGCUUCGCCGCGGCUCAGCUGCCAGCCGUACGCCGUGGGGCCCAGACUGCCGUGGGUCGGCGAGCGCGGGAUCCCUCCGCCGCCCUCGGGUCCUUCCGCGCCAAGAGGGCCGGGGCUAUGGGAGUUCUCAACUUUGAAGGGCCGCUCGGGAGACAACACAUUUUCAACUGCGCAGCCGCGGUGGGCCCGGCCGUCAGGGAGCGGCGAGCGGCCGUGGGGCCGGGGAGGCAGGUGUCCCUGCCGCCCGCCCCGCCCCCAUCGCCGGCAGGAAGAGGAAGCAGCCGGACCUCGCGGGGCGGGGGUGCCCUGGCUCCGGGAGGCGCGUGACCUAGUUCGUCCCAAAGUGGAUUUGACAGGUUGUCAGCCCCGCACCCCGCCCCCACCGCCUCCCGGGUCCCUCUCCCCCGGCGCUGGGCCGGACGGGCGCCCGCGCUCCCCGGCUCAGCCUCCCAUUGGCCCUUACGCCGCCUGGCGCUCCGCCUUCGCCCCUGGCUCGGGUUCCCAUUGGCCUAGAGUCGCCCAGAGCCCUUCCCCUGCUCCCCUCCCAUUGGCCCUCGAGCUGCCUGGUGGCCCACCCCCGCACCGACUCAUCCUCCCAUUGGCCUCACGCCCGCCACCCCGCCCCGGUCCUCCCCGGUUCGUUCUCCCAUUGGCCUCACGCCCGCCGCCCCGCCCCUCCGCGGCCCCUCUCGGGGAACCGAGCCCUGGCAGGCCCCUCGGCUCGCGGUGGCUGCGGUCGUCCUCAGUCGGGGAGACCGCCUUCACAAGUCUCGCUCUUGUCCCUCGCCUCUUCUCCUCUCCCAGUAUUUACUGUCUCCCCUACGUCUCUCUCCCCGCCCUGCUUCCGUCGCUCAGGGAGCCUGAGUCCCGAGCCCGGGGGCACCCCGCGCCCCUUGCCCCGCCUACCCUGGGGCUCCGCGUCCAGCGCUGCCCGCGCUCUCCCUCCUGCUCCUUUCCUCCGCCCCUUUCCUCCUCCUUGCGUCACUUCGCAUUUUCCUUUCUUCCCUGAAAUCGCUGCCUUCUGCAGGUUUCCUCCCGGUGUCCAAUCCGUAAGGUCUUCAUCGCGUCCCCUUUCUCCUCCCCCCUUCUCCAUCCCCUCUUUCCCCCCCGCGCCGUCCCCCUGAACUCAGCGUAACAGGGAGAGUCAGGGAUAAACAAGAUAAAUAUCAACGUUAAUAUGGUUAUUGCUUUGCGUUUUUGAAACGGAAAAUGAACUGGAACGCCCAGAUAAACCCAGCCCUGGGAUCAAGAUUGAGUUCUUAAAGGACCUUGUGAGACGAAUGACAAACUUGACUAGCGCAGCAACGUAAUGAGUUUUUUCCUGGGGAAGCUACUCUUAUAUCGGUUGUUUAUACAGUAUUGUUACUAUAACCGUUUGGGGUGUGUGUGUUUGUUUAAUUUUUGCCAGUUUUGUAAAUGACUGCUUUUGACCGUAAGGAUGAACUGUCUGAUAAAGCUGAGGGUUGGAGCAAAUCCCCACACAAGUCUUUUGGCUACAAACAGGAGAAAUCCUUGAUUAUUCAAAUGGGAAACUCCAAUAGCUUUCCCAAGGUUAUUAAAGAGGGCGAUCACAAACUUAGACCCAGGUCAGACUCCAGAGGCCCAUCAGGAGACUCAUCAUGCCUCAGUAUCCGCGGGAGAAUGGCAGACCGGUGCUUCCAGCCACAUUCCCACCUGUCACAGGGGGUCUUUACAAAGCUCCUGCAGUGACCUCCAAGGUUCUGCCUUAGAGGAUCCUGGCUUUCCAGCCUCUGGUCACUGCACAAUGACCACCAAGUGCUUCUUGCCACAGGGCCUUUGCACUUGCUGCUGUUUCCUGACCUGUCUGGAUCAGCUGUUCUUCAGACUUUUCACGUGGCUUAGCCCAUGUCCCCCCAGGAGGCAUUUCUGACCCUGAAUCUAAAGUAGGACCCCUCCAGCCUAAACAAUUACUCACUGUCAUUUCACCCUGUUGUUUCCUUCAGAGCAUGAGCACGGUCUGAAAUCAUCUUGUUUACUUGUUCUGUUCUGUUCCCCUUCACCUCCCCGCCACCAUUAAGAGUGAGCUCCUGGACACAGGUGCCUUUUCUGUGUCUUUUCAGAGCUUUAUCUCCAGGGCACAAAGUAGGCACUCAGUACAUCCUUGAUGAAUAAAUAUGAAUGGUACAUUAGCUGUGAUCAAGUGAACUUGCCAAACUGUCCUUCACGUCUGGUUCCGCCAGAAUUGUAUAGACGCACCUACAGAUGUGUGAGGCUGCACAGUGUGGGACAACUCUUCCCAAUGACGGUGAUGACACUGAGCUGGCAAAGGUGGGUCAAGACAAGGGAGGGAAAGAGGCUGACCGCCUGCAGACAGAGUAAUAGACAUGGACACAGAGGAGUGAAAGUGACCAGGAAGGCAGCAAACCAGAGUGAGUGGGGCUGGGGCCCUCCCGCUCUCACCCUCAGCCCUUAGAAUUUGAGCUCCCUCCUUCCAUCCUCCCUCCUUGCAUCCUCCCUCCCUCCCUCCUUCCUUCCUUCCUUCUCUUGCUCCUCCUGUCCUCAUAUGGCACCUACUGGAGUAACGAUUGCUUCUUUUUUAGUUUAACAAAUAUUUAGCAUCUACUCUGUUUCAGUGGUCACAAAGAUGGCAGGAACGUGAGACCAGUGAGGGAAAGAGAUUGGUACCAAGUGAGUACAGCUUCCUUAGGUGUUGGGCAGAGCACCAGCAGGAAGUGAUGAAAAUAUUAAGAUUAGGGGAGGGACUUCCCUGGUCCCUGGUCCCCACUUCCCUGGUGGUCCAGUGGUUAAGACUCCACACUCCCACUGCAGGGGGCAUGAAUUCCAUCAUUGUUUUAAUAUUUCCACAGACAAGAAGAUAGUGAGAAAGAAAAGGAAAAGAAUGUCACAGUGAAAGUUAAAUACAAUUAAGGCUGAAAAGGAGAUAAAUUGGGGCUUCCCUGGUGGUGCAGUGGUUAAGAAUCCACCUGCCAAUGCAGGGGACAUGGGUUCGAGCCCUGGUCCAGGAAGAUCCCACA